GAAUCUAAUUUCUGGAUUCCUUUUGCAAUAAAGGAUAUGCUCGGUGGGGCCAGCGAGACCUCCGCAGGAAUAAUGGAGUGGGCCAUGUCGGAGCUGAUGAGGAAUCCAAGAGUGAUGCGGAAGUUGCAAGAGGAGGUGAGGGAGACUGUCGGAGAAAAGGGAAAGGUGACGGAGAAGGACAUCAACGGAAUGAACUACUUGAAACUGGUCAUCAAGGAGACUCUGAGGCUGCACCCUCCUGUUCCUCUGCUGCUCCCCCGAGAGUGCCGGGAGACGUGCGAGGUUCUUGGUUACCAGAUACCAGAGAAGACGAGAGUAUUCGUGAACGUUUGGGCCUUGGGAAGGGAUCCUCGAUACUGGGACAGUCCCACUGAGUUUGAGCCAGAGAGAUUCGAGAGGAGGAAUUCCAUGGUCGACUUCAAGGGAACCAACUUUGAGUUCUUACCUUUCGGGGCAGGCAGGAGGAUAUGCCCGGGGAUGUCAUUUGGUUUGAAGAGCAUAGAGCUUUCCCUGGCUAGCCUUCUCUACAACUUUGAUUGGGAGCUCCCAUCGGGAAAUGAAGGGAUGCCCCAGGAGUUGGACAUGAGCGAGACCUUCUCGAUUACGUGCCGGAGGAAGUCGGACCUCUGCCUACGUGCCAUCCCUCGUAUUCCUUUCUCCAUGACUUGACCUUUACCCAAAAAUACAUGCAACCGUAGUCGUUUCUUCAAGUAUGCACUUCUACCCAAUAGUCUUUACUCGUAUCGUCGUCAUCGUUAUCGUCCUCAUCGGAGCAGCAUUGUUACAGAAAUUUGUUACACUUCAUAUACACAGUGUUGAUAAAGUGUAGGAGGCUCUUUCUUGUGACGUCCUCUUAUGGGCUGUUUAGUAUAAUGAAAUGAUCGUUUUGAUAUUUGAAAUAAUUAAAUAUUAU